GACGGCACGACUGACAAUCGCUUCCUAUUCGCCACGAGGAUCAUGUCAGGCGUCUCUCCCAGUGAUGGUGCUAUGCCAUUUGAGAUUGGCCAACGAGUCUCAGUGAGUCGGCGCUUGGGUUCGGUGAGAUAUGUCGGGAAGCCGCCUUUCGCACCGGGUAUUUGGGUAGGCAUUGAGCUCGAUGAUGCUGUGGGAAAAAAUGACGGAAGCGUGCAAGGUCAGUAUUACUUUCAGUGCAAGCCGAAGCAUGGCGUGUUCGUCAAGGCAGAGCAGGUCCAAGUCGCACAGGCGCCAGGAGCACCCGUGGGUGAAAGGACAACGAGCGGCGAGCCGAAAGCAUCGACAUCGGCACGCACAGCUGUGGGAAGUCAGCAAGGGGCUCAACCUGCCUCCGCGAGGGGAGGGACCCAACAGCCACAGCUCGAAAGGACGGGAUCGAGGCAGCCUGAAGUCCCUCUGACAGGGAGUCAAUCUGUAGCAAAACAGACGCGUAGUGCAGAAGGAAACGACGAGCAAAAAGGGGAGUAUAUUAGUUCUUCCGACGAAGUUGCAGCACUGCGAAAAAAGUAUGAUGACCUCAAACGCGUUGCGCAGCAGUACAAGGCGCAGAACGAGGAGCUAAAAAAGUCCUUACGGGCGCAAAAAGCAGCUGCUGCUGCUACUGCGUCGUCUACAACUGGAGGUGCGCCGCUGGAGGACUCCACACUUAGCACAGCUGCGUCGCAGCUUGCGGAUGCGGAGAUAUCUGUGGUUCGGCUGGACUUAGAACUCGCGAAUGCACGUAUCGAAGAGUUAGAAUUACAGUUGAGCCUCGCAGGCACCGCUUCCAGCGAUACUGCAGACGAAAGUCAGGGUCAAGCACCAGAAGAGAAGGACUCUCCAGAAGAGCUGAAGCUGAAAUCUGCAUUGCAAUCGGCGUGGCAGACGCUACAAGCGCGGUUGGAGAAGCAAAAGGCCGAUCUUGCGCAACGCGAUAAGAAAUUGCAGGCUCUAAGCGUGGAAUUGGAGGAGCAACGCGAAUUGUCGAACCUGCAAGCAGAGGCCGACCAAAAGCAAGCAGAGAUAGACGCAAUGCACGCGGAAAUCGUCCGGGAACUGCAAGCGCAAAUAUUAAGACAAUACUACCACUACCAGUCACAGUCUUUGUCAUUGUCUUCAGGAAUAGGUAAACUUUCACCCUUCAUUUUGAGUUGUAACGAUUGUGUGCACGUGUAAACGAAAAAAUACCAUACUUGAGUAGCUGUUCAGAGGUAGAUGACCGUAAUUUAGUUUACAACGUGUACACAUGUUCAUCUUGUUCGUCAUGCUACCGCUAAAUCGAGCAGACAAGGAGGACAUCAUUCGCGGAAUAGAGGAGGCCGUUAACGAGAUGCGAAGUGAUCUUGAGACGGCGUACGCGGCAAAUGCGGCAUUUCAAGAAAGAACAAUGGCAAUGGAAGCAAAACUACGCAUGCAUGCCCUGCACGAUGACCAGCCGGGGUCGGCCACGACCAGCGAUGAUCACACUAGGUCGAAGAAUGACGCGAGCAGAGACAAACGCGGCAAAGCAGGUGACCCAGAAAAGCAAAAGGCGAAUGCAAGCACAGCACGACUGAGUAAAACUUAGAAUUGGAGUCAAAUCAAUCGAGGAUGCUGAAAAGUAUGAGAUUUUCCAUAUCCAUGUUACGUUCUUCUAGAAGAAGCGAAGAUCCAACAUCAUAUCUUGAAUUAGCGGUUGACUUUCCACUCUUCAUCCAACGCCUUGGUUUAUGCUUGACUCAGUCGAACAAGAGGUUCUUCGAAUAUUACCAUGUUCUACUUUCUUUUACUUUUUCCCAGGUACCGAACUUCUGGCGACUAUGGUUGUUUCAAACAGACAACAGCUGCAGACCUUUGGGGAGUCCCUUCCGAGUACAACAAUACAGGGCUUCGCACUGCAGCCGCUUGCUGCCUCUGUUUAUGGCUCCAUCUCACGCGCAGCAGGACUGAUAGCCGAUCAUCUGCGGUCUCUACCGCAGAAGAAGAUGAGCGCUCUUACGUGCCGCAUUGAGGCGAGCCUGAGACGCGUUCAACACGCGCUGACACUGGUCUUUUUCUCAGCGGCCUCAGCAUCGUCAGCAUCAUCUGCUUCUCCGCCCUCGGACGAUACUGGAGAUGGACAGCCUCCGUCUCAGACGAGGAGGACUAGGGUCAUGGACUUGGACACGCAGUCCGCGACAUUCGAUCUACAGACAGUGUCAGACUUCGCAGUCAGUCUCAUCAAUGCACUCGACAAUCCCGAACAAGCAGUGCUCCCUAAGACAUUGGCCGUGAGUGCAAAAGCCCUUGCAGCGAAGUCGGUAGCUCUGGCACGAAAGGCACUAGGAGAGGGUGGCGGCGAGGACCCCACACAGCUUCGGGAUGCCAAUGCUGAGACAAAUGGUAUCAUCAACUUCAACAUGGUGUAUGCCUAGCUACUUUAGUUUUAUCUGUUCAUUCUGGGGUUGGCUUCAUCGUUUAUAACUCUCGUGAAAAACAUGAACAAAAACAAAAUCAGCGCUGUUGACGCACUUGCUGCUUCUAGAGGCCCAUGCAAUCUGCCGUUAUGUACCUGGAUCCACGUGAAUACUAAGAAGGGAGAAACUUCCCAGAAUCUUCCCGGAAUCUUUCCCAUCUUCUCGCUAGCAAUGGUCGGACACUUCCCGGAACCUUCUCAGAAUCUUCCCAGAAACUUCCGAGAAGUCACACAAGUGGCGAAGUUUCUGGAAAGUUUCCGCGAAGUUGCUGCCUUCGGGAUUCACGUGGCUGCAUGUUUCUAAUGCCGCGGCGGUGCGAUACUCGUCCCAGACGUAGCCUCCUUUGCAUCGGGGCAGGCUGUCCUUGAGAAGCAGCUGCUUUCUCAAGAAAAUGCCUCAUUUUCAAGUGCCGGAUUCACCGGCGGAACCCCUGAACAGCAGACACGUCUGAAAAAAUCGCUCGCAACUGCAGGCAUGUGGCUGGAAAGAGAGGAGACGCCGUCGCGCGAAAAGCUCGAGCCAGCAGCAGUUGCUGUUGUGGUUACAGUGCAGGAAAUACUGCCAGCAAUAGGUAAAAGUGGCCAAGUAGACGCGGCAGAGGGAGCUGCUGGAGCACAAAGAGUAGGAGCACCUAUCAUGGCAGACGAUGUAGCAAGGACCAUGAUUGCUCAGCUCGCAACGCAAUGGGUGCAAAAGAGCUCAGAGGACUUGGCAGAGACAAUGAAGCGCUUCGCACAAGUGUCGGAUGCAUCAACUAGGCAGAGCCUUGCGAUAGUCGGAGAUGCGGAAAAGACGGCGGUACCUUCAUGGUUUUCGAACACGAUGAUUCUGACUCAGCGUAGUUGUAGAACAAAGAUGUUUUCGAUCAGAGAUGAGUAUUUUGGUGUCGUUGUCGCGUGUCUGUUCUUGUUUACCAAGGAAUGAUCUUCUUAUUCCCUAUAAUUACAAUACUAUUGAAUAGACAGUAGACACAGUCACAGUCAUACACAAUCGAAACUUCCGCAUGUUUUCAGGUCGCCUUGAAAGAGUCGGAACAAGCUGUAUCUCAGUGGCGCAUGCGUGCUGAGACGGCGGAGCGAAAAGCAGCAGACUUUGAGUACCAAGUCUCAACAGCGCAAGCACUGGUGCAAGAUUCCGCACACUUGCGAAAGCAGAUUGCAGUUGCCGAGGAACGGGCAGCGGCCGUUGCGGAGCGCAGCGAAAUAGUGCAGGAAAAAUUGAAUGAGGCAGAGGCGGGGAAGACAAAAUACCAGCGGCGCUAUGUGGAGUUGCAUACAGUCGUUAAUAAGUUGAGGCAGGAACAAAAAACUAGUGGUGUAAGAGAAGUGAGUAGUCUGCGACAGCUUUGCACGCGAUACCGAAAGGAGCUUUACGAAAGCCAAUUGCGUGCUAGCAGCAGUGCUUGGGGAAGCGUUGAGAACAGCAGCUAUGCAGGACCAGGAGGAAAACAAACAACCAAUAUCCUCGACAUGCUAUACGGGCGGAGCACAAUAGGUAGCAGUAGCAGUAGCUACAGUAAUAAAUCUAAUUCUUCCAGCUCUAGUGCAACGGGUGCAGGAGAAAGAGACCCAACCACAUCAUCAAACUCUACAUCUGUUAUGAAUAGACUUAUGCGUCUAGCACAAACACAACUCGUGGACCUGGACAACCGUGGUGACUGGCUUGCACCUGAUGGAACGCUGAUCAUGGAUGAGCUCCCGGUCGCUUUAGAAGUAAACAAUCCUAAUGGUGGCGCUUUACCUUUAGGUGCAAUAGGAAACGCGAGAGGCGGAAAAAGCAGCAAUGCUAGGGCUGAUGUUCCGGCUAGCAGAAGCAGAGAGCCAGUCGCUAUAAUUCGCCUAGGGCAGAAAAAUGUGGCGGACACCUGGGACGCUUCAAAAGCGAAACAACUACCGAGUCAGACAAUAGAGGAGGAAGUUCUUGCUUCAAGGGAUGACGUUUUGCGAAUACGAAACAUGUUGCUCGAGUAAACUUAAACAUGAAGUUUGAGAUGAAUUUCUAAGAAGACAACAGCAGCAUUGCAAGCAUCAACACUUCCACAGAUGCACUCAUCAAACAUCAGAAGCGGCAGCUUUUUCGGCUACGCUUCGGCUCCGCAGUAUCCAUAGAUAGAUUGUUAAACCAUGAAACUUACUACUUACUUACAAGAAGAGACAGCACCAUACUCGUUCUCAACAGUUUUGCUCGUGCUCGCAUUCUGAUUCGUACUCUGUCAAACAAAACAAGCAAAGAGGUAAGCCUCUUUUCAUCAUGAUCUGCUACGCAUGACAUUAUCUUCUGUGCAAUAUGGUUGUGUGCGAUCUCGUGCACAACUACAACAAGAACAGUCACCGCUUUCGCUUUGAUCACCUACUGUCAUCGCGAUUGUAGAUGAACGAU